UCGGACUGUUGGCCAGCAGCAGCAGCAGCGGAGAGAGUGGAGAGAAGUGAGGGAGAAAAACAUAGAAGUGUCCCGUACCGAAAAAGACAACAGAAACUGGAAUAAACUAACACAUUUCCGUGUGUUUCGACAGGUUUGCCUCAGUGUUUUUUGAUACCAGGAAGCAAGGAUGGCAAUGAUGGAAGGGGCUGAUAGUGGCUACACAAAGGUCACAGAGUGGCAGGAGAAAAGGUAUACCGUUGACUCUGGCAUCCAGUCUGGAGCCAACACAAUUAGAGAUGAUGACGAUAUCACCACUUCCAAGCAGUACACUGUGACAACCACUGUCGUGAAAGGAGAGCCAGAGAUGGAGUUCACCCGAGCAAUGAGAAUACGCGAGGCAAUGUUCCCAGAGACUAUUGUGAAAGGCACCACCAUCGUGUCAACUCAGAUAGACCCGUCCCAGAUGACCAAUGUCCAGAAGCUGGCAGAGCCUUCUCAGAUGCUUAAGGACGCUAUCAUCCAUCUGAUCAACUACCAGGACGAUGCUGAGCUGGCCACCCGUGCCAUGCCUGAGCUUACUAAACUGCUCAAUGAUGAAGACGCGGUGGUGGUCAGCAAGGCAGCACAGAUUGUCAACCAGCUCACACGCAAGGAUGCGUCUCGACGUGUGAUGAUGCAGUCCCCACAGAUGGUGUCGGCAGUGGUGCGAGCGAUGCAAAACACAAGUGACAUGGAGACAGUGAGGGCCACAGCCAGCAUCCUGCACAACCUGUCCCACCAGAGAGAGGGCCUGCUCUCCAUCUUUAAAUCUGGGGGCAUCCCUGCUCUGGUCCGCAUGCUCAGCUCCCCCAUGGAGUCUGUGCUCUUCUACGCCAUCACCACGCUCCACAACCUGCUGCUGCACCAGGAAGGAGCCAAGAUGGCCGUACGUCUGGCUGAUGGCCUGCAGAAGAUGGUUCCCUUGCUUAACAAGACCAACCCCAAGUUUUUGGCCAUCACCACAGACUGUCUGCAGCUGCUGUCCUAUGGCAACCAGGAGAGCAAGUUGAUCAUCCUCGCUAACAGGGGUCCUGAGGGUCUGGUCCACAUUAUGAGAAACUACAACUAUGAGAAACUGCUGUGGACCACAAGCCGUGUGCUCAAAGUCCUUUCUGUGUGCCCCAGCAACAAACCCGCCAUUGUGGAGGCUGGUGGGAUGCAGGCUCUGGGGAAACACCUGACAGGGUCCAGCCAGCGCCUGAUGCAGAACUGUCUGUGGACACUCAGGAACCUGUCUGAUGCUGCAACCAAGCAGGAGGGUAUGGACAACCUGAUGCAGACGCUGGUCGGUCUCCUCAGUUCAGAUGAUAUCAACAUGCUCACUUGCUCCACAGGCAUCCUAUCCAACCUCACAUGCAACAAUGCCCACAAUAAAUCUCUGGUCACCAUGAACGAUGGUGUGGAGGCUCUGAUCCAUGCCAUUCUGCGCGCCGGGGAGAAGGAAGAUGUGACUGAGCCUGCUGUUUGUGCCCUGCGUCACCUGACCUCCCGCCACCAACAGGCUGAGUUAGCACAAAACGCUGUGAGGCAACACUACGGCAUCCCUGCCAUCAUCAAGCUGCUCAACCAACCCUACUACUGGCCUGUCAUCAAGGCUGCGGUUGGCCUCAUCCGCAACUUGGCACUUUGCCCUGAGAACCAGGCCCCUCUGAGAGAAGCAAUCCCCCGCCUUGUCAACCUGCUGGUCAAAGCCCACCAGGACGCCCAGAAACACGGUUCAUCCACCCAGCAGACAUACACGGAUGGAGUGAGGAUGGAGGAGAUCGUGGAGGGCUGCACAGGAGCUCUGCACAUCCUGGCCAGAGAUCCCACCAACAGAGCCGAGAUCGCCAACCUGCAGACCAUUCCUCUGUUUGUCCAGCUUCUCUACUCUCCAGUGGAUAACGUGAAGCGUGUGGCAGCAGGUGUUCUGUGUGAGCUGGCCCUGGAUAAAACAUCAGCUGAGAUGAUUGACGCCGAGGGAGCGUCAUCUCCGCUGAUGGACCUGCUCCACUCCAACAAUGAGGGCAUCGCCACUUAUGCAGCAGCUGUUCUCUUCCGCAUCUCUGAGGAUAAAAACUCUGACUUCAAGAAGCGCGUCUCUGUGGAGCUCACACACUCCCUCUUCAAACAUGACCCUGUUGCAUGGGAGAUGGCUCACAACAGUAUCCCAACAGACGUGCAGUAUCAAGAUGAGCCUGAUUAUAGCCAAGGCUUUGGUUAUCAAUCUGACAUGCCCAUGGAUGGUAUGGAUGCAGGCAUGUUGCACGAUGAAUAUGCAGCCAGCAUGGCCUAUGACAGACAAGCAUACCCCGAGUACUGACCUUAAGAUCCGGAGAAGAGGUGGAAGAGGAAGCUGAGGAACAGAAAUGGGAAGUCUUUGGACAAGGAAGUGUCUUGUCAUGUGUAGAGAAGACCCCCACUGCUCUCAGCCUGAUGUAAUAUAUGCAGUUAUCACUGAGUACGGGACUCAUAACUUUAACAGGGCUCUACUUUAUUUUAUAGCAUAAUUUUGCUGAUUUUAUUUUUGACAGUGACGAUGCUUGUAGGUUUCUGUUAGAGUGUGUGCGGGUGUGUAAGCGAGUGUGAGUGUGUUUAUGCUUUUGGGUGGGUAUUCUAUGCCAAAGAGAUUUUAUUUUGUGAUGAUAAUCAUGUAGCUUCUUCUUUUUCUAAGAAAAGUUCAAAAAAGAGAAUAAUAGUUGAAACACUGCCAGAGGUGGCUGAACGUGCACGGUGCUCCCGCUCACCGCUCCCUUUCUUUCUUAACGCCUUUGUAACAGACACUGCUGUCUACGCUGCAGUUUGACAUUAUAUACUGUCUACUUUCUCCCACUGUGAGACAGUCCAGUAAAGUUGGCUCUGACUUUCUUGCGGCACUAUUUCAGUAGGAGUGAACAAGUCUGUAGAUGUGGAGGUCUCUGAUGGACCUUUGAGAGAGCAGCAUAGAGCCGAUCCCAGACUUUUAUGAGAUCAACAGACAUGUGGAUUACUUUUUAAAGUGUAGACGUUUGUUUUUAGGAAAGUGUUUUCUCAUCUUUCAUACAAUAAACACUAGGAAAGGUUCACACACUAUCUUGCAUUAUUACUAGACUAUGAAGAAAGAUGUCUUUCAUGCAAAGUAAAUGAAUAGAAAAAUGGUUAAUGUGUGAAUAUUGUAGUCGGGGUCGGCCCUACAGCUGGAGAAAACUACUGACAGGGAAAUUUGUCUUUCUACUUAUCAAGAGUUUUUACUGAAAUUUUGUUUAAUAAAAAUAAAAGAUAUAUUAAACUUA